GCCGAGGCAGACCCGCACUCCGCCCCUGGCUGCACCAUGGAGCCCUGCCGCUCCCUGGCCCUGUUCGUUGGCUUCCUGAGUCUGGCCACGGUCCUGGUGGCCCUGAGCACGGACUUCUGGUUCGAGGUCGUCACUCCGCGCUUCAGGGGACACUCGGGCCUCUGGAGCAAGAAUCUGAGGGACUCAGUGAGAGACUACAUCCGCGUGACGCAGAGCUUCAGCAUUCUGGCCGUGCUCUGGGGCCUGGUUGCUGUGGUCUUCCUGGCCAUGUCUUGUGUCCCUGCCCUGUCUGCUCCGGGCCGGGGCCCCAUCGUCUCAUGCUUCAUGGCCUUCGCUGCAGCUCUGUCAGCUGUGGUGGCCAUGACGGUCUACACUUGUGUGUGGUGGAACCAGCCUUGGCCGACCCACAUCCAGUUCUUCUUUUCCUGGUCCUUCUACCUGGGCUGGGUGUCGGUUCUCCUCUUCCUCUGUACAGGAGGCCUGAGUCUGGGGGCUCACUGCCGUGGUCCCCUGCCUGGCUACGAGAGCAUGUGAGCAAGAUGAAGCCUGGAGGCUGCUUGGAAGCCCGAACCCCGCCCUCCUGCUGUUUCUUCAUUCAACUGCUCACAAAAUACUUGGUGAAGAUCUGC